AUGCCUAGUGAUAUAAUGAACUUGCAAAUUUGGUGGGCGGGACCCCCUUGGUUGAGUCAAGACAAGGAUAGUUGGCCUAAAGGUCAGCAUAUUAAUCAUUCCGAGGAUAUUCCUGAGAGAAGAUCAAAAGCUAUCGUUGCAGUAGCAGCAUCUCAAGAUUUAGACAUUUUCGAGAGAUAUUCCACAUUCACUAAGCUUAUCCGAGUCGUUGCAUACAUGGUGAGGUUUGCAGAAAAGACAAGAAAAAAGGACUCUGCAGAAAUUUCGCAAGUGCCACAGCGAAAAGAUAGCAACAAUAUUCGAUCCAUUACGUCAAAUGAGCAGCAUCAAGUGAUUAUGCGUCUAGUAAAGAUAAUUCAGAGAGUUCAUUUUACAGAGGAGCUUAAGUCAUUAAACAGACUAGGUCUCGUAGAUAAAAAAAGUCAUAUAUUAAAACUAAGUCCAUUUGUGGAUGAAUCAGGAAUCUUAAGAGUGGGAGGACGUCUUAAAGCAGCAAGUAUUCCGUUCUCAGCAAAAUAUCCUAUAUUACUCCCAGGGCAUCAUGCAUUUUCGCAAUUAAUUGUAAUGCAUGAACAUGUAAAGCACUUUCACGCGGGAGCACAAGCUACGUUGGCCGCGGUGAGACAAGGCUAUUGGCUCAUUUCAGCAAGAAAUGUCGUUCGAAGUAUAGUCCGAAGGUGCGUGGUUUGUUUUCGAAGCAAUCCAGUCCCAGCAUCUGCAAUUAUGGGAAAUCUUCCACAGUCACGUGUAAACAUACCGACCAGAGCAUUUGAAAAGUGUGGAAUCGAUUAUGCCGGUCCAUUCUAUCACAAAGAAGGUACUAGAAGAACCACUCAAUUAAGAAAAUGUUACAUCGCAAUUUUUGUAUGCAUGGCAACUAAGGCCAUACAUAUAGAGUUGGCAGUUGACUUAUCCACGAAAGCAUUUUUGAACGUGUUUAAACGCUUCAUAGCAAGAAGAGGUUGUCCUUUAGAAGUAUUCUCCGAUAACGGUCUUAACUUCGUGGGAGCACAACGUGAGCGAACUAACGCAGGUCCUUCAGGAUCAAGCAGCGCAAGGAAAAAUUAUAGAAUAUGCAGCAUGUAA